CCUCCAAGCCAAGCCAGACUGCGCUUGUUCUCCUUACUUAUCAACCACUACCAAAGCGAGCCACCAAUAAAAUUUUGGACGCACGUACUCCCCAACGCAGAACUUACUAAGCCAUGGCAUAUCAAAGUCAAGGUUAUGGUGGAUAUGGAGGACCUGGGGGAUUUAGUCGAGGUAUGGCACCUGGAGGUCCUCCGCCUGGCGCUGAUCCUCAGCUAUGGUCAUGGUUCUCUGCCGUUGAUACGGACAGAUCUGGCGCGAUCUCUGCUGUCGAGCUCGAGAGAGCGUUGAUCAAUGGGGAUUGGACUCCGUUUGAUUUGGACACUGUGAAGCUCUUGAUGAGCAUGUUUGACGUCGAUCGGAACGGAACGAUUGGGUUCAAUGAAUUCUGUGGACUCUGGAAAUACAUCAAGGACUGGCAGAACGUGUUCCGCCAUUUUGACAGAGAUCGCUCUGGGACCAUCGACCGCAAUGAACUCCGCAACGCCCUCAGUCAAUUCGGGUACAACCUCAGCCCACCCCUGAUUGAGCUUCUUCAAGUCAAAUACGCUUCCAACGUCGCUAGCGCCUAUGGACCUACUCCUGGUAUCACAUUCGAUCGCUUCGUUCGCGCUUGUGUGGUUAUCAAGCAGUUGACCGGGGCGUUCCAGAACCUGGACACGGAUAAUGAUGGAUGGGUGCAAAUUAGUUAUGAUCAAUUUAUGCAGACUGUCAUGUCGUUGCCUUGAAGUGGUUCUUGGGAUGGAAUCAGGCGAGAAGGGGAAUGUGUACUUUUAGUUUGUCGAUAACAACAACGAAGUUAUGUAUGCGAGAUACCCGUCUGCUUGUAGUGGGCAGUAGUCAGAUGAGACGUUCAAGUCGAGAUGUACCACAUGUCUUAUGGGAGACUAUACGACGCUGUAUCGAACCCCAUUGCUGUAAUGAAUGCUCAUGAUUAUUAUUAUUAUUA